AUGCUAUGCUGUAGUCUAAGAGCUGUGGCAAAGAGCCGAUGUCGUCCUAUUCACCCGGCGCUACCUCUAUUUGGAGUUAGGCACCAGAGUCAUAUCAAGACAUACAUCCCAAAGCCCACGACGAGGGUACAUCGUCCAAAAACUGAGAAGGAGAUUGCUAGAGAAAAGUUUGAAGAACAAUUAAGAUCUCCCAACAGAUUUGUAAGAUGGGGUGCUAUUGCAAGAUCAGAGAAAUUUAGUAAAGGUAUGACAAAGUACUUGAUUGCAGCCUACAUCGUAUUUCUGGGCUAUGGUUUGUAUUUCAUGAAGAAACUGUAUGCCAAGGAUAAAGAGUUAGAGAAACUUACCGAGAGGGAGAAAGAGGGCAAGAUAAAUGAGUAUGAGACCUUGAGGAUCAAAGAAUUAAGAGGGAAAUUAAGAAGACGGGAUGAAUUGAAGCUAGCUACCUAUAGAAAUAUGAUAGAAAAUGGUGUCAAGGAUUUGGACAAUGUUACUUUGGAGAAUAAUGAUCAAAAUAGAACUAAUGAAAAGAUUUUGCCCGCAAGAGACACUACCCCAUUUUAUGAAGGAAAAGCAGAAGAGUAUGAUGAAGGUGUCAACUUCGAAGAAAGAGCCAUUUUGAUGGGUAGAAGGCGUAAAUGGUUGAUGAAUCAUUGUGAGGGAGAUGUUUUGGAGGUUGCAUGCGGAACGGGUAGGAAUCUUAAGUACUUGGAUCCUCAUCGUGUCAAUUCGAUAACAUUCCUAGAUUCGUCAGAGAAAAUGAUGGAAAUCACAUACAAAAAAUUUAAGGAAACCUUCCCAAACUUCUCUAAAGCAGCUUUCGUUGUGGGCAAGGCUGAGAACCUUGUAGAGCUGGCCAAGGGCAAAGAGAUUGAUUCAUCGGUUGCAAAACUCGAAGGAGCUAAUGAUGAUAUUGGGACUGUCACAAAGGGCUCGACAAAGAUCAAGUAUGACACAAUCGUCGAGGCCUUUGGCUUAUGUUCACACGAAGAUCCCGUCAAAUCCUUGAAGAAUUUUUCCUCAUUGCUGAGACCUGAGGGAAGAAUAGUUCUCUUGGAGCAUGGAAGAGGUACGUACGAUUUUGUUAACAAGAUACUGGACGAUAGGGCUGAAAAACGUCUUAAGACCUGGGGUUGUAGAUGGAACUUGGAUAUCGGGGAGAUUCUCGAUGAUUCCGGAUUGGAAAUUGUGGAUGAAAGUAGAACUCAUUUUGGUACUACCUGGUGCAUAGUGGCCAAGAAGAAAGGUGCUACCAAGAAGAAAACUGAAGUGGGAUUCUUCGAGAAAUACUUCCGCUCUAGUAUCAGAAAUAAGCUUGAGUCUCUCGACGAAUCAAAGGAAGGUAAGAAAAAUUGA